AUCAACCCGAACUCAAUGACACCAAAUCAUGACAUACGAAUGUGACCGACUGAUUUACCACCUCUAGUUGGAGUAGUCAGUAGUCUGUUAAAUAAAACAAGGCCCUCUUGAGAGCUUCUCAAUAGCGGGAAAUGGAAUUUAAGAGAAGUGCCCUUUCUUCUUCAUUCUCCUUCUUCAACAAAUUCAGCCGAAGAAGAAUAUACUCUGUUGCUGCUUCUUCGUCCUCUUCCCUGCGUUCAUUUCACUCUCCCCCUGCACUUGUUUCUUCUUCACAUCGAAGCAGCGCUCACUCUGGAUGUGGUUUCUAUUCAGUACAUGAUUUAGACCACGCCCACGAACUGUUCGAUCAAAUGCUUCGCGCCCGACCCUUGCCUUCUAUUGUCCAGUUCACCAAGCUUCUUAGCAGAGUUGUGAAGAUCAAACAUUAUACGGCUGCUGUUUGCUUCUUUAAAGAAAUGCGCGUCCGCGGUGUCCCCGUGGACGCUCAUUCCUUAACCAUUCUGAUUGAGGCCUUCUGCCUCUCAAAUCGGGCGGAGUAUGGGUUUUGUGUUCUCGGGAUGUUCUUCAAGUGUGGAAUUGAUUUCGACACGGUGGCGUCCAACACCCUGAUCAAGGGUCUUUGUCUGGAUAAUAACAUUGUUGAGGCCGUAGGGCUAUUCAAGAAGUUGGUUAGGGAAGAUUUGUGUGAAGUUUACAAUAUCACUUACAAUGUUCUUAUGAAUGGGCUUUGCAAGAUGACAGAAAGACGGGUUUCCCCAAACAUCAUCACAUACACUUCAUUGAUUCAAGGGCUCUGCAGUUUUUGCCGAUGGAGAGACGUUACGAAGUUGAUGAAUGAGAUGGUGCGGCAUAAUGUGUAUCCAAAUGUAUGUACGUUCAGUAUAUUAGUGGAUGCCUUUUGCAAGGAGGGGAAGCUGAAAGACGCCGAAGCUGUCAUUCAAAUCAUGAUUCAACGAAACGUGUAUCCGAAUGUGGUAACUUACAAUGCUUUGAUUGAGGGGUAUUGUUUGCAAGGGCAGAUGGAUGAUGCUCGGAGAGCUCUUGGUCGGAUGAUAGACAAAGGCCUUCAACCUGAUCGUAUGAGCUAUAACACGAUAAUCAAUGGAUAUUGCAGAAGAAAAGAAAUGGAUGAGGCCUUCCAUCUUUUUCAUGAAAUGCCUCAGAAAGGGCUAUAUCCUAAUGUUGUUACAUACACAACAAUGUUGCAAGGGCUGUUUCUGGCAGGCCGAUGUGACGAUGCUCUAAAUCUUUUUCAGGAUAUGCAACUUUCUGGACAUGCACCAAAUUUUCACACUUAUUGUGUCUUACUUACCGGUUUGUGCGAAAACAGACAUAUUGAAGAGGCAAUGUCAGUCUAUAGUAAUGAAACAGUGCCGGAGGUGAUCGUUGAUAGCAGUAACAGACAUAGACCAGCUUCCCACAAAGCCAAGGAAAUGAACCAGUGCCGAAGUGAUAAAUGGACUCUGUAGAGAGGGGCUAACAGAAGCAGCCUUAGACUUGUUAAGGAUAAUGGGCGACCUUGGAACCGGAGACGAUGCAAUCGUGAAGUAUCAAGCUGUUGAUACAAAUUUUAUCAAAUGAUGGAUUGAAGCUUGUGGACAUGU